AUGUCGUCUCUUGCCUUCCGCUGCGGGCUGGAGUGGGAGCUCGGCUGGCUCGGGGGCCUCUUCACGGCCGCGGAGCUGGUGGCCGCCGACCUUCUCCUGCAGCUCCGCAUGCACUACGAGGCGGCCACGGCGGCGUCUACGGCCACAACCUCCUCCUCUCCCUCGAGGCGCUCGGCGAGCUCGUGCUGCGAGGACCUCGCCGUGGUUGUUGAAGAGAAGAAGGGGAUCGUCGAGGAGACAGUGCCCUUGUUGUUGCGGUCGCUGGACAAGCGGGCGAGGAGGAGGUCGGCGAGUUCGUGCUUCAAGGACCUCACCGUGGUCGGCGAGGAGGAGCUGGAGCCUCCGCGGAUCGCCAAGGAGACGGCGCCGUCACCGGGGUCGGCGGAGCUGGACAGGAGGGCGAGGAAGAGGUACCGCCAGCUGUCGGAGCUCUACGCCACCACGGGACCAGUGAAGGCCGCCGCUCCUGCCGCAAAGAAGAAGAGGAAGAGACACCACGACGACGAGGAAUUUGCCGUGAGCCAGGGCAUGGGCACUCAGCAAAGACUUUGCCAAGAGCCAAACAGUAUAAUUCGGCAAAAUAAAGUGACUUCCACGUCGGUUGGUUCCAUCAGCUGUUUGCCGAGAGUGGCUUUUGGCAAAGAUGCCACAGCCAACAGCUGGCGCAUGCCACUUUGCAGAGAGUGGCUCUCGGCAAAGCCGCCACAGCCAACUGCCAGCGUGCCACUUUGCCAAGAGCAGCUCUCGGCAAAGAUCCGUUCCUAG